AUCAUCAACCAGCAAUCCCACCCGCAUACACUCAUCCACCAACACCAACCCAGCAUGGUAGCAUCCCGCCUCGCCCUCAACACCUCCCGCGCAGCCCUUCGUCGCGGAGUAGUGGCAGCUCGCACUCCCGUGCCGCGCUUCUCCUCCUCCUCGUCGAGCUCAAGCGGCGCUGCCUCCUCGGCCGCAGAGACGGCCAAGAAGUUCAUCCCCUCCUCGGACGCCCCUUGGGCCAUCAGCUCUGCCCUAAUCUUCGGCUCCCUCUUCAUCUACGCCACCUCCCCCUCGUCUAAGACGCACAACGAGCACGGCCAUAUCACGGGAGCGGCUCACAAGCCCGCCCAACACGGUGCCGGUUCGUCCGCCUCCGACGACAAGACUGGGGAUGACGCUGUUUGGAAAUUGGAAGGAGGUGGAGAGGAGAAACAUGAACAGACCCGUACGCCUGAAGAGGCUGAUGGGGAGGAUGAACCCGAGGGAAAUAAGCAUCUGGCCGAUCAUGCCGCUUCUAAGGAAGCGCCGGAGCAGAAGAGCCCUGCGGGGAGGGAUCCUUCGAACGAGACGAGUGGGAAGGAGAAUUCCAACUUCCAGUCCGGCCUCAAGCACGCAAAGGACGGAGACCCGGUGAGCGACCCUAAGCGCGUGGUUGCGGCGGCCAAUGCUGCCAAGCAGGAGAAGAAGGCCGCAAAGGAGGGGGAGAAGGGGGAAUUGCCCGAAGAGGAGGGGGAGGGGGAUGAGUAGAGGAGGAGAGGUGGAGAGAGUAUACGUACACUUGGAGAGGUAGAGGCAGAGGCAGAGGGAGUAAGGAAGAGCAUACAGCCAGCCAGCCAGCCAGCCAGAGUGAGGGGUGGCGUGUCUUAGAAAGAAAGAAAAAGCAAUCAAUGACAGACAUCGUGCAAGGUCAUUACUUACAC